UAUUCAAAUGUGUAUUAAAAAACUAAUCUAAAUUCAGGCUAGGGAUGUGACUCAGUGGUAGAGUGUCUGCCUAGCACGUGUGAGGACCUGUGUUCAAUCCCCAGCACCACAAACUAAAUAAAACAAGACAAAACACAAACAAAACAAAACAAAAAAACAUUAAUCUAAAUUCUUAUAGCAAGAGCCAGGUUAUUUCCUCUGGUUUCAUUAAAUGCUGUAUUGUAUUGAAUUAUCAGAUGAAGCACAUUCAUUUUUCCUGAUGAAAAUUUACAAUCACUUAGGUUGUAAACUCUUAUGUAAAAUAAUCUUAAUAGGUUUGUUUGUAAGAUCAAGUCAGUAUUUUUAGGACUGUCUCUAAGAGUUCCCAGUUAAAGAAAAUUAAACAAGAUACUUAAGCUAAGUAAGAUGACUUAUGAUGGGAAUCUCAGAAUUCUAUUUUUACUUUUUAUUUAUUUUUUGGUGGGGCUGGGGAUUGAACCCAGGGCCUCAUGCAUGUUAGGCACACAUUCUACCACUAAGCUACAUCACUAGCCCAACAAUUCUGUUUAUAAUAUAUACAUGCUUCCGCUAGGUAUCACCUUUUUUUUUUUUUGCACUGUAAUAUCUAAACAAAAUUCUUUUAAACGCCUCACAUCUAAAAUACAUUCUUUGUGGCAGAUUGUUACUGCUAUCUAGGGAAAAAAAGUAAAAAAUCAGCACAUGGAAAGAGUGAUGAUUUGUUCAUAUUUUGGCCAUAGGUUUGCUUUAAGAAACAGUGCUCCCUUCAGAAUGGAAGAAUUUAUCUGCCUCCUGUUUGAUGGGGUUCAGAGCUAAGAUGGCUGAAUAAAUAAGCAUGGGGGACUGGAAUCUCCUUGGAGGCAUUCUGGAGGAAGUUCAUAUUCACUCCACCAUGAUUGGAAAGAUCUGGCUCACCAUAUUAUUCAUAUUUCGAAUGCUUGUUCUGGGAGUAGCAGCUGAAGAUGUCUGGAAUGAUGAGCAGUCUGGCUUCAUCUGCAAUACACAACAACCAGGUUGCAGAAAUGUAUGCUAUGACCAGGCCUUUCCUAUUUCCCUCAUUAGAUACUGGGUUCUGCAGGUGAUAUUUGUGUCUUCACCAUCUCUGGUCUACAUGGGCCAUGCUUUAUACCGACUGAGAGUUCUAGAGAAAGAGAGGGAGAAGAUGAAAGCUCAAUUAAGGAGAGAACUGGAUGGGAUAGAGUUUGAAAUGCCUGCAAAUCAGAGGAGAUUAGAGCAAGAGCUCUGUCAGCUGGAACAAAGGAAACUAAAUAAAGCUCCGCUCAGAGGAACCUUGCUUUGCACUUACGUGAUACACAUUUUCACUCGUUCUGUAGUUGAAGUUGGGUUCAUGAUUGGACAGUACCUUUUAUAUGGAUUUCACUUAGAGCCUCUAUUUAAAUGCCAUGGUCACCCAUGUCCAAAUAUAAUCGAUUGUUUUGUUUCAAGACCAACAGAAAAGACAAUAUUUCUAUUUUUUAUGCAAUCCAUAGCCACUGUUUCACUUUUCUUAAACAUUUUAGAAAUUUUCCACCUAGGUUUUAAAAAGAUUAAAAGAGGGCUCUUGGGACAAUAUAAAUCGAAGAAUGAACACAAUGAAUUCUGUGCAAAGUCAAAACAAAGUCUAGCCAAAUAUCAGAGCACAUCUGCAAAUUCACUGAAACGACUCCCUUCAGCACCUGAUUAUAAUCUGAUAGUGGAAAAACAAACACACAGAGUAGCAUACCCAAGUUUAAAUUCAUCUUCUGUAUUUCAGGCAGAUCCUGACAAUCAUGACAUAAAUGAUGAGAAAAGCAUUUUGGAUGAACAGGAAACUAAUGAGAUGUACACACUUAGUACUACUUGCAGUCACCCUCAACACAUCAGCUCAAAAAAUAACAAAGACACUCAUAAAAUAUUUAGAAAAGAAGUUAAUGGUAACCACUUGCAGGAAAAAAAAGAAGUUGAUGGCAAAGAGAGCAAAAAGAACCAUUAUUCUAGAGAUCACUGUUCUAUUCCAGGUAUUGCUAUAGAUACAGACAACCACAUGGGGCAGUCACCCCACACAACUUUCUCCCUGGCAACAGACUCCUGCACCUGGAAACCUCGGUGGCUCAGUACUACGUGGGGUCCCUCUACAGAAGAUGCAAACCAAGGGUCAUCUCCUAUAGAUAACCUCCAGGGCCAGUUCAGAGAGGGCACUAUCAGAAACCUUCCUCCUUCACAGAGAGACUUCCAACCACUUGACAUUCCAAACACUUCUGAUUCUUUGGGAGAGUGGUCCUUUGAGUCAAAGUUUAUUAGAACCUGCAACAAUUCUACGGAUUGUCCUCCAAAUCAUUUAAUGUCCUUGACAAACAACUUCAUUGGUAGGAGGGUUCCAACAGACCUUCAGAUCUGAACCGUUGUUGCUUUUAGAUAUUCUGCAUAUUAUGUCAUCAGAGUAGUAACAGUGGUGGUGGAACAUGGAGAAAAUAGAUAAGGAUAUUUCUAAAGACCAGCUGUUGUGAUAGACAACUGCAAACUCAUUUCAGAAAUGAAAAACAGCUCUAAUUCUGAACUGUGAAGGGGGAAGUUCUAAAUUCAAAGACGUAGGGUAGCCAAAUUAGGAUGUAUUUUUUAGCCUCCCUUAAAAAUAUGCGAUACUGACUUGGGAAAAUCACAUGCUCUGAUUCGAUCCUAAAUGGUUUGGGAUCAGGUUUUUCUCACAGCCUUAGAAAAUUGUUCUUGAUCUAUGUAAUUACUCCUUUUAGUUACUAAUCCUUUAUUUUGGAUACUAGGUUAAUGUUGU